GAAAUCAUACUAAACAAGUAUUUCCAAUCAACAUGAAGCUUUUUGUCAUUCUUGCUUUGGCUGUGGCCACCGUUAGCGCUGCUAGCCUUGAAUCAAUUGUCCAGCCCGGUUUUCCAAGCGGACGCAUCAUCAACGGUUACGAAGCAGAAAAGGGUGAAGCUCCUUAUAUUGUGUCAUUUAAAACCACUUCACACUUCUGUGCUGGCUCUAUCAUUGAUGAACAUUGGGUCUUAACAGCUGCUCACUGCUUGGCUUAUAGUUCUUUCAGCCUUGUAGCCGGUUUACAUUCCCGCAAUAAUGAAGCUGACGUACAAGUUCGCAAGGUUACCAGCAAGAACUUCAUCAUACAUGAGAAAUAUGGUGGUGGCGUCGGUCCUAAUGACAUUGGUCUUAUUUACGUUGAAGAAGCAUUCAACUUAAAUGCUUUAACUCGUGACGGUUCUGCAGCAGUUGGUAAAAUCUCUGUUCCAUCUGGCCAAUACGAACAAUCUGGUAGAGGAAAACUUUUCGGUUGGGGUCGUGACAAUUCUGGUGCUUUACCAAAUGUUUUGCAAACUCUCGAUGCCGAUAUCAUUGGUUACAACGAAUGCAAAGCUGCCUUACCUAGCAGUGCUCCAAUCGAUCCAGUUAACAUAUGUUCAUACACUGCUGGUACAGCUGAUGGUGCUUGCAAUGGUGACUCUGGCGGUCCAUUGGUACUUUACACAAAAUCUGGCCCUGAAUUAGCCGGUAUUGUCUCAUGGGGCUACACUCCUUGCGCUACUACUAAAAACCCAUCAGUCUACACUGGUGUAACAAAUUUCAAAUUGUGGAUCAACGAAAAUAUUAAGAACUAUAAAGCAUAAAACCAGGAAAUCGACAUGGCAACAAACACAGGAAUGACAAAAAAUUUUACAAAAAUAUUAAUUAAAAAAAUUUAAAGUUUAUUAAAA